AUGGAAGCCGGAGCAGCCGGUGUGCUCUACGCAGCCGAGAACCUCCUGGAGGCCGGUGUAGCUCUCGUCAAGGGCAUAACUCAUCCGACAUUGCCGAUCAAGGCAAACCUCACGCGCAUAUCCUCCGUCCCGCUCCCUCGCUCGCAUCACACGGUUUCGGUAGUCAAAGGCCGCGCAUACAUCUUUGGUGGAGAGACGGAAGCUGGCAACCUCGCAGACAAUGACAUGCACGUUGUCAUCUUGCCGUCGAGCGGUGUUCUCGACGCCGACUACACCAAAUACUCAGCCCGCGCGGCAAAUGGCCUGGACGAUGUACCGAACUCGAGAAGAGGACACACGGCUGCGGUCAUUGGGGACAGCAUCUACAUGUUUGGUGGCGAAGGAGAUGGUGUAACAGAUGAGAAGGGGCGGGUCUGGGUUUACGAUACGAUAUCAAACACCUGGACCUAUCUUGAUCCAGCUGAGGGCACGCUGUUUCCCAGCCAGCGAACUGGCCACGCUUCGGCGAGCUCAGACCUCCCAGGCCCCAAGACGACGACGUACGUUGAGAAGGCACCGCAAGCCCCCGCCGAUCCUGCGAAACACGUUCCCGAGCCGCCAGAAGCAAAUUCAUACGGAACCAUCUUCGUGGUUGGAGGGCGCGAAUGUUCGAGCAGCAAUCUUGCCAACGAUGCACUUGCGUUCGACGUCAAGACACGAACGUGGACCAACAUACCUUCCCCAUCAGGUCAGCCUCGGGAUGGUGCAAGCCUCGCGCUCGUUGGCAGUCGCCUCUAUCGGUUUGGUGGAAAGGGCAUCGAGACAUUUGCGUCAGGUGCGACCGAGUACGUGGACGCAUCACAUGUGUGGACACAUGCAGAGCGCGGGACUACACCAGUGACUAGUGGGUGGGGCUGGGAAGAAGUGAAGCACACCGAAGGUAGCACCGCUACAGCACCGCAGGCGCGCGCAAAUGCAGGACUUGUGGGCGUCACCACAGGGCAAGGGCGACACUACUUGCUAGCUGUCGGCGGAGAGACUGAGAACGGAGAUUACCUCGACGACAUAUGGGCACUGCAGCUCGCACCCGAGCGCUCCACGGCCGCAGCGACUAAGGAUAACAUACGCGCGGGUUUGAAGAGAGAUACGCAUGAAUCGCAAUGGGCUGAGGCGAUAUAUCGAUACGUAGACACAAAAGGCGAAGAGGAGAAAGAGAUCCCAGGAAAGCCAAAGCGAGGCCUCGGAGCGAGGGGCCACUUCGGCAUCGCCAAGGGUACAGAGGUCGACGGCGCGACGUGUGUAGUCUGGGGUGGAGUCGAUGCGAACGGCAGUAUACUAAAUGACGGUUGGAUGAUUACUGUUGACAGGUCAUGGGGAGGAUGGGGGUUAAGUAUAUUGCUUGCCCGGGGGCUUGUGCGAGCGACCGAACCCAAAGACGAGUUUACGGGUUACGCUGCGGGUGAAGAGCGCGUACAACAGCAACGGCUGCAGCCAGCUCAUUACAAUCUUUCGAGGAGCAAAGAAGAUUCGGAAGAGUUGUCAAUCAUGGGUUGGGGUGGAGACUUGACACUGGUGAAUGGUUCGCCAUUCAGUUGGACCUUGAAUGGCCAACACUCGUAUCAAAUGGAUACAUGGAAAUGGCCAACAAUCAACGCUGGCCAGGCAUCAAGAGUAUACGUCGAGUUUGGGACGAGAGGAAACACCCGCGACGAUGCAGGCGAGGCAUACUACAGCAUUGAAGGAACAUCAGAUAGGUUUACCGUACUCGGACGGAAGCCUUCGGACUAUGCACUCACCAUAUCUCUGGAUGACAUGUCGACAAAGCAGAGUUCGAAAGGAGCGAAGGUCGACCUGGGAUUCCGGCACAAUGCGGCUGUAAACUGGAUCAUGUCCACUGACGAGGCAGGAACCUGGUGGUCAAAUAGCGGUACCUACGCAGAUUGGAUGCAGCAAAGCAUGGGUUCGCUGGCAAACAGAACGCUAAAACACAUCUGCAUGCCAGGCUCCCACGACGCUGGUAUGGGCACAUUCAAGCCGGGUACCAUCGGCGCACACUUUGCCAACACUCAGACCCAGUAUCUGGAUUUCUACCAGCAACUCGAAGCCGGCUCACGGUAUUUCGACCUCCGCCCAGUGCUCUCAAGAGGCGAAUGGGUAGCUGGUCAUUACGGCCAAGUCGGCGACAUCUGGCUCGGUGGAAACGGACAGUCUCUCGCAGAAAUCAUACAGCAGAUCAACGACUUCACCGCGAAAUACCAGGAACUCAUCAUCAUAAAUCUCAGCCAUACGCUCGACACAGACAACCAGUACAAAGACCUCACGCAAACGCAAUGGAACGAUCUCUUCACAACACUAAAGCGCAUCAACAAUCGCUACACCGUCAGCAACCCCAGCGCCACAGAUCUCUCCAUAAACCGCCUAGGUGACUUCAUCACAGAUCGCGCCUCCGUUCUCAUCAUCGCGCAGAUACCAGAUGAUGUGACAUUAGGCGACUUUGCAUACCAAGGAUUUUACUCGGGCCGCAACUUUCCUUUCUACGACGAAUACAGCAAUAGCAACAAUCUUGCUAAUAUGAAGAGCGACCAGCUAGCCAAGCUGAAGCAGAACCGGAAUAUCGUCGCGGAGCAAAGCCAGAGGAAAGACAUGUUCCAUAUUUUCUCAUGGACGUUGACGCAACAACCGGAGGAUGUGUUGAUCUUUGAUAAAGCCAUUAUGAAUAUGGCGGCCUCCGCUUUCGACGACCUGAUAAGCGAGACGUGGAACGCCUUCACACCGCAAAGCUUUCCAAACGUGUUGUUUGUAGAUAGUCUAGGGGUCAGGGAUAAGAGUGUUGUUUUCCCGUUCGAUAAGCCAAAGCAAGGGCUACCAACGAACUCCGAUAUCGCUGCGUUUGCUGUGGCGGUGAAUAAUGGGAUUGCGGGGAGGAAUGGGGUUGUGACUGGGCGAUGA